AUAAUUUUGAAAAGCAGUACAUAUUUGCCGCAGUAUCUAUGGCACACAUGCGCACUAGAUGUAUAUCGGCGGGAUGGAUAUAAGGCUUGGCGCCGGCGCCAGCUGAUGUACACUUACUAUUCAUCAGCCAGACCUUCUGAAGCUUACGUCUGUCAACUACGAGGAUGUCAAGGCGCAGUGGCCGUUUACAAGCUAAAAUUGAAAACACGUGCCCUCAGAAAGACCAAAAUGCAAGAAAAAGAAAGUUAGAGGGAUGCAGCAGGAGAAAGCUAGAAACACACGUCUCCAAAAAGCACAGCUAUGAGAUACAGAAUCUCUGGGCACCCGGAGGUGGAAUCAGCCCCUGCAUGCUCAUUGAAACUCCCCAUAAAGAAAUGGAGGUCACAGACUUCUCCGGGUUCACAAAGUACAGAUUCAAAAACCUUUUUAUAAAGCCUUCCCCACUACCAUGCCUUAGCUGGGGGAAUUCAGAUGAUGUGUGGGUAAAAAUGCUCAACAAGGAAUUGAAGUAUGUCCAUGACAAAAACUUCUUGUGCCAGCACUCAAAGCUGCAGCCAAAAAUGAGGGCGAUUCUUCUCGACUGGCUCCUAGAGGUAUGUGAGGUGUACACACUUCAUCGAGAAACCUUUUACCUGGCUCAGGACUUCUUUGACAGAUUUAUGCUGACUCAAGAGAAUAUCAACAAGAACAGGCUACAGCUCAUAGGAAUUACCUCACUCUUCAUUGCUUGCAAAAUAGAGGAAAUCUACCCUCCAAAACUGCAUGAGUUAGCCUAUAUCACAGAUGGUGCCUGUGCAGAGGAAGAAAUCCUAGACAUGGAGUUAAUUGUAUUAAAGGCAUUGAACUGGGACCUCUGUCCGGAGACUGUCAUCUCUUGGUUGAAACUCUACAUUCAAAUGGCCUCUUUAAAAGAAGACCCAAAUAUUUUACUACCUCAGUUUUCUCAGGACACUUUUAUACAGGUAGCACAGCUUUUAGAUGUAUGCAUCCUUGAUAUCAACUCAUUAGAUUACCAGUAUGGAGUAUUGGCGGCUGCUGCAUUUUUUCACUAUACCUCAUUAGAAGUGGUUCAGAAAGUAUCAGGGUUAAAUUGGGACUCCAUUUCAAACUGUGUGAACUGGAUGGCUCCUUUUGCUAAGACUGUAACAGAAAGCUCUCCUGCUAAGUUGAAAGAUUUCCAGAAAAUCUCUACAGAGGACAGACACAAUAUCCAAACCCACACCAAUUACCUGGACAUACUGAAUGAAGCUCACCAGAAGCAGGCAGAAACUCCUACUAUGGGACGGUUAUCACCGGCAUCAGUGGGAGGCAUCUUGACACCACCAAAAAGCACAGAAAAGCCACUUUGAAUCUUAUAUACUAACCAUCCAGCACACGUGUGGACCAAAAUAAAUAAUACAGUUUCAGAAUAAAUGAAUUUAUAUAUAUAUAUAUAUAUAUAGAAUGGUCCAUAAAGUAUUACAGUUUCUGUACCAAAAAGGCUUAGAGGUAUACAUUAUGCCCUACCGCAAUAUUUCAGCAGGUUUGUGGCCAGUAACAAUGUAUUAUGCCUUGAACAGUGUGUUGCUCUACAUCCUUGAAUAAGGUACAACACACAUGCACAACAUUCAACAGGUUGCACAAUGCUUUGAAAUCUACAGACUUUAUUGUUUGUCUCAAAAAAAUUGAAUUUUACAUGAGCCAGAUCUAGGGAAUGUUUACAUAAUAUUCUUGUGAAUUAAUGUAACUCCUGGGAAACUUGAUAAGAUUUUAUUUUUGUAAUUGUGGGAAGUAUUUUUGAGCUUAAUGACAAAAUCCUAUAUUUAUACAACUUGUAGUAGAUGCUGUGAUACAAUUUCAUUCCAGGUUAUUGUGUUUUUUUAUGUUUGUUUUUUUUGUAAAUAUGUGUUGGGCUCUUUUAUAUACAAAUGUUUAUUUGUAAAAAAAAUAAUAAAAAAAAUAUCAGUAACUAUGAAUUUACCCCUCUCCCCUAAAUACCCUUAACUUAACCUCAUUGCCAAAGGCAAGUAUUUAAUAAUUAAAAGUAUGUCAAUAGUUAUUUAUAUUUCAGGCUUCUUAUGAUAUCCUGCAGCUACCCCCCAUAGAAGAGUUCAGUUGGAGGAUAAAAUGUUUGCUUUCCUUCUCAAAAGUUACAUUACUUAGUAAAUGGCCUUCUGUCCCAUCUGGGCCAGUAGUUCCUCACAAUUCAAGGCUGAAUUUGGAUAUCCGCUAUAGUUGGCAUCUAAACCUCAAGAUUGAAUGAUGCAGAGCAUCAGUAACUAGCAGACUAGUUACUUUCUUAGCUUUGUCAGGCUGUGAUACUACAUGGUUUAUACACUAGGAGAGGGGUAGGCAACCCUGUUCCUGGAGUGCCACAAUCCUGCAGGUUUUGUAGGUAUCUUAAUUGGCAAUUGCUAAAUACCUGGAACACAUGGUAAUUCUAACCAAAUAAGCAAAUCAAUAAAACAAUUAAUUUAUUAAUGGGGCUUGGGUAAAACAAAAAACAGAAGUGUCUGUGGCAUUCCAGGACUAGAGAUGCCUACCCCUGCACUAGGACAUGUUUCAGAUUUGAAAAUUUGUAAAUAUGUACUUUGUAAAAAUGUAAAUUAACAAUAGCAGUGUGUUUGUUUUAAUGUUUAUUUUUUAACAUAACAAAUAAAAAAUGCUGGGAUUUUUUGUUUUA